CAAAUCAUCGUGCACUUCCGCUCAACGAAACUUCUCUGGUUCCUUUUUGUUACUGUUUGCGAAAGUGAUGGUACGCGUGAAGAAGCCGAUUUUGAUUGACGGACGUGGACACUUGGUUGGCCGAUUGGCUUCGGUCAUCGCCAAGCAACUCCUCAGCGGUCGUUCGGUGGUCGUGGUGCGUUGCGAGGAUUUGCAGCUCUCCGGCCAUUUCUUCCGCAACAAGAUCAAGUUCUUGGCCUACCUGCGAAAGCGAUGCAACGUCAACCCGGCACGCGGUCCAUUCCAUUUCCGUGCUCCCAGCCGUAUGCUGUGGAAGGCCGUUCGUGGAAUGGUUCCGCACAAGACCAAGCGCGGCCAGGAUGCUCUGCAUCGGCUGAAGGUGUACGAGGGUAUUCCCCAACCGUAUGACAGGCAAAAGCGCUUGGUUGUUCCGAUUGCCUUGCGAAAGCUUUGCCUGCGUCCGGAUAGAAAGUACUGCACCAUCGAUCGCGUUGCCCACGAAGUCGGAUGGAAGUACCGCGAUGUUGUAAGCAACCUUGAAGCUAAGCGCAAGAUUAAGUCUCGGUUGGCUUAUCUGCACAAGAAGAAACUGAAGAAAAUCACAUGGAAGGCUCGCUCCACUGUCGCUGACAAGAUCAAGUCACAAAAUGAAGUACUCAAGGAGUAUGGCUUUUUGACGUCCGAGUUCGAGCAGAAGUACAGUAAGCCGGUGCUGAAUGCUGUUCCACCGAAGCCUACCAAGCGCCAGCGCAAGGAAUUGGCUCUUGUUGCGAAGGCCGCCCGUAAGGCUGCCCGCCUGGAGGCUAAGGCCGCGGCUAAGGCCGCGGGUAAGCCCGUGCGUAAGGCAGUAAAGAAGAAGAAGACUACUGCUAAGAAAGAGCCGGCGAAGGCGAAAGCAUAAACUCCUAUUGGGUUUAUCGGUCACUGAAGAAGAAAAGCAUGGUGUAGUAUAGGCCCGUUGCGUUCUUUUUCCACCUUGAGGUUUCUCGUCAGCCAACGCGGUCCAUAAAACGGAAGAGAAAAUAUAAAAUGAAGCGUUCUGUGCGCGAAUAAAAAAACAACAACAAAUUUUA